GCGGCUGUCAUCGGAGCUGCUAACCGCCUGCUGCUCCCACAAAACAAGUGACAUUCAUCAUUAAAAGCGUCGCAAAGUGCCAGUGAGACCAGCUCCUCCGGGAAUAUGGACGACGACGUGUUGACGACUCUGAAGCUGUUGAUAAUUGGCGAAAGCGGAGUGGGAAAGUCCAGUCUCCUCCUGAGGUUUACUGAAGACACCUUUGACCCAGAGCAGUCUGCGACUAUAGGUGUGGAUUUCAAAGUGAAGACACUCGCAAUAGAUGGGAACAAAGCAAAACUCGCCAUAUGGGACACAGCCGGACAGGAAAGGUUUCGCACCCUGACGCCCAGCUACUACCGCGGGGCACAAGGAGUCAUACUCGUAUAUGACGUCACAAAGCGUGAGACUUUCACUAAGCUCGAAAAUUGGCUGAAUGAACUGGAAACCUACACGACACGCAACGACGUUGUAAAGAUGCUCGUUGGGAACAAAAUCGAUCGGGACGACCAUGAAGUGGAGAGAAAUGAGGGGCUGAAAUUUGCUCGGAAACACUCCAUGCUUUUUAUUGAGGCCAGUGCAAAGACCAAAGAUGGCGUCCAGUGUGCCUUUGAGGAGCUUGUGGAGAAGAUCCUCCAGACUCCGGGGCUUUGGGAGAGUGAAACCCAGGGUCAGAGGGUCCGCCUGGGGGACCAGGAGCCGGGCAGUGGCAGGGCAUGUGGAGGCUACUGUUCCAUACCCUGAAACUGGACAGAAGGAAACAAGCACCAAAGUGAUAGGAAUGACUACAGACCAGAAUCAUCGAGUAAGAGGGGGUGAAGGAACUGGAUGAAUACUUUCUUUACUUUAAAAAACAAGUUUAUUGUUGGGAGUAGUUCUGUCCGACGAAAGGACUUUGCUGUUUGCACACUUCCUUUUCAAUCAUCAUCUGUCACUACUUUCUGUUUAAAACAUGAAUGAAAGGAUCAUGCAAAAAUAACCUCUUGCCCAAAGGAAGUCUGGUGUUUUAAAUCGACAUGACAAGGCCGCGUGUAUAUCAUACGAGUAAACGUCUGGUUUGAAUUUAGCUUACUUGUGCAUUAAGGCAUCAGUUUAAUAGCGUAGUUCCUAUUACAUCAACCAAUUUGUAGGUUGCAGCACACAUGUUUUCAAAUUUUACCCCAAAUAUUUCAUUCAAAUCCAGACAGAAGUUCCCUGAAGAGCCCUGCGUAUACUUUGUGAGCUCUUCAUGUCUAAAUCUAGCUGCAGAGUUACCGUUAAAAUAUUCUAAAAGACGUAUAUUUGUCAGCAUUAUUACAUCAAUAGCGCAUCACUUGGAUUUGGGAUGGCUUGUGUUCAUGUGUGAGUGAUCUUUCAUAAUGCACCACAACACUGUGACCGCUCACGGAGAAGACCUUCCACAAUGGACCCCCGUCAUCUUUACCGUUCAUCCAGUCCUGCUUCAGUACAUCGAGGCUUUCAAACGAACCGACUUCCUGUUUAGUUCUCUCUUCCUCUUUACAUUGAAAUAUGUAAGACGAGUCGUCGUCUUGGAUCUUUUCGGAUUUCUUGCAACCAAACCUCUUUGUCUUUGCAUGUAUGACCUGGCCGAUAACUUCCACGAGUACAAGUGUAAAGUUUACAGUAUUUCUUUGCCUAUCUGAUCUGGCAAAAUGGCAAGUUUGUACAUUUAGUCUCAGCUUUGCUCGCUCCGCUUGUUUUCUUCCCAUUUAUUUAUCAGUUUCCAUGUGGUGCUGUGGUCCAUGUGAGGUCCCACUCACUUAUUGAAGGCAUUUCUCGCACAUUAUAGUAUGAGAGCAUUCCGAAGAGCUUCCUGUCCACAGUAAAGUAUUGAUUUGAUGUAUUGUUGCUAUUUGUUUAAAUUCCUUUUUUCUUGUCUGAAAUCACGUUGACCUUUUUAUUCCUGUACUUCCUCCCGUUGCGUUUGCUGUGCGCCUACUUGAAUCAUAUUCAGCAACAUGUUAAAUUGAUAUCUGCCUUAACAUUGAAUGACGUGUGCUGGAGUUAUGGUCCAGUGACGGUUGUAUUGUUUCAAACUGAAAUAAAUGACAACCUCAGGAUGCCC